AUGGCAGACAAGUCCGCUUACAUGGGAGCCGGUGGAUACGGAUCCGGCUACAUGGGAUCCAAUGCGUCGUCUUCUGGAUACGCCCGUGAGGACUACGCCCAGGGUGGAAAUGGUGGAUCAAACAACAACCAGCAACAAGGAUCCGGAGGAAACACCAAUCCAGGAGGACAAGUGUUCAAGGCUCGCACCGAUCAAUCGUGCUACCUUGGACCAUAA